CCGUUUUAUCAUCAUCAUUCGUGAAAAAUUUAGAUUUUAUUCGUCAGCGUUUUAUACUCGAUAAAUUACGGAUAUUUCCGUACAUUUCCGUUUUGUAAUCGGAAGAUUCAGCAACAGUAAACAUUUGACUCAGUAAAAUGGAUACAGAGUCCAAUACAAGCAGUGCAUCAGGUCAUAGUCUCAGGGGUGUAUUUGGAGGUGGCGUUAGAGGAACAGGUCGUGGAAGGGGAGGUGGACGAGUUGGAAGGAGGGGGGGACGUGGUGGAAGGAGAGGUAGAAGAAGAGGAUCUAUUGGUGGAAGGGGUCAAGUUGCUCAAGGGUCAGGUACAGGUCAAGUUGCAAGAGGGCGAGGUGCAGGUCAAGGUGCAAGAGGUCGAGGUGCAGAAAGUCAAGCAGGGCGUGGUGUUGUGAGGCCAGCUGAAACGGAAGAUGAGAGGAAAGAGAGAGUGAAGGGACUCGUGGAAAGUUUGGGAGGAGAUGCAGCAAAGGAAAUUCUUUGUAUGGCAGUAGACCGCCAGCCAGGUCUUAUUUUAGACAUUCUGGACAGGAUAGAGCCAGCCCAACCUGCAGGAUUUCAUCCCCAACCAGGAAGUCCUAGUCCUUCAUGGUGCUGUUGUAGUAAGUGCAGGGACAUGCCAACAGUGGAAGAAAGGGUGUGUUGUGGAUACACUCCAGAGUAUUGUUUAAGUCAAUUGCCAGACAUGGAACAGUACAUCUUAGAUGAAGGAGUCCUUUCUUUGGCGCGCCUGUAUCGUAGGGAGAUAUUGGUCUAUCCGGAUGAACGCGACCUUUGUAAAGCAAAUAGACAUGCAGCAUACCGGCAGUUUACAUUGUGGAGGCAUGGGCGACUAGGGGAAGGUGUUCGGAUGGUAAUCCCAUCAUGUUGUGUGUGGACAAUUAGGGACCGCUACCCUGACCCAUAUGCACAAUACACAGGAUUCAAAGCAUCACGUUUAAGUUAAAUUAGUUGCACAUAUACUGAACCAAAAAAGAAACUUUCGCAAAGUAUGUGCCAGUUGUUCAAGGGUACCACUUAGAUGUACACACAUAUGAGCCGCGUCACGACAAAACCAACAUAGUGCGUUUGUGACCAGCAUGGAUCCAGACCAGCAUGCGCAUCCGCGCAGUCUGAUCAGGAUCCAUGCUGUUCGCUAUCAAUUUCUCUACUUGUAAUAGGGUUUGUAAGCGAACAACAUGGAUCCUUAUCAGACUGUUUGGAUGCGCAGGCUGGUCUGGAUCCAUGCUGGUUGCAAAGCCAUUAUGUUGGUUUUGUCAUGACGCGGCUCAUAUAUACAUGUAGUAGUUUGUAAAACUCGUUUUGUUUGCAAAAUCGGUCAGCUAAUCCCCGUAUAAAAGCCCGAUAUGGUUAUUCAACGUAAAAAUUGAGUUUCAAAAGGAUUGUCAAACUUUACUUACAUAUCUUUAUUCAAACUUGGAGGAAGUUUCUUUUUUGUUUCAGUAUAUAUGAAAACUGUUACAUUGGUCAAGGAUAUAUUGUAUGCUUUUUUGUCAGCUUUAUAGAGCAGUGGUGACAUGUAUGGAUCACUUUUCAGACGUCUGCCUGUCCAUCCGUCACAAAACUUACCCGGACUACUCAGGUUUCAUGCUAAAUAGCUCUAGUUCUUUGGAUUUUUUAAUAAGAUUUUUUGUUUGUUUUUUUACUACAUACAUAUAAGGAAAAUCAAUGACCCUCCUGAGGCGGGACCAGUUUUUACUCAAGGGCUUAUAUUUGACCAAACUUGGUAUACACCAACUGGAAGAUGUUUAACGCUAAAUAUCUUGGGGUUUUUAUGAGAAGAUUUUUGGUUUGUUUUAACUAUAUACUUAUAUGGAAAAUCAAUGACCCCCCCAUUGGCGGGGCCAAGUUUGACCCAAAGGAUUAUAUUUGACCUAACGUGGUAUACACCAACUAGAAAAUGUUUAAUGCCAAAUAACUAAGCUCUAGCUCUUUGGGUUAUUUUUAUAAAAAGAUUUUUUUAAGUUUUUACUACAUACAUAUAAGAACAAGAGCGAUCAGUGAUCACAUGUGUCGCCUAAUGUUAGCCAUAACUCAGCAAAAAAUUAAUUGACCUAAAAACCUGAAUAAUAUGUGCAAGAAUUUGAGGUACCAAUCAAUCCGGUAAACUGAAAAAUGUUGAUGAGAUGCACAACUAGACAUGGUAUUGAUCAUUCCCCUAAUCUUGUGAUGAAAUUGCACCAGUAGUUUCCGAGUAGUCCAGACAAAGUUCUGUGUAGCUGGCAACCCAAAAAAACACCUUUUUUUCAAGGGCAAGUUUUGUGAGGGAUGGACAGACAGACGACAGAGAAGUGAUCCCUUCACACAUUAUUUUUCAAGGGACUAUACCCUACUUUUCAAUGUGCCCAUUGAAGUUCAAUGAUUACUUCUGUAUGAAUACAUUUCUUGAUGUUUCUAUAGUUAAUUUUGCCUAAACCAGGGGAUGGUAUCUUUCGCUUUCCACUACUAAUAUAAACAGGUUUUAUCAAUCUGGUUAACCUAGCGCCUAAAAUGCUACAUGUAAGAAAUAAGUAAAUUUUCACCAAGGUCAGUGGUUGGUCUAGGACUUUUGUAGAUAUAGCAUCUUCAUAAAAAUGACAACUGCUCGUGGACAAAUAUUUAGAGACUUUGAAGAGAUGUUUGAAAAUAUAUUCUGUCACAGAGAACACUUGUUUGCAUACACAGACAAAUUUUAACAAAGUGAACACCAUAUGGAUUAUUCCACAAGUGGCAAUUGUCGAUUACAAAAGCUGAUGUUUGUUAUUUAAACAUAUUUUGUUUUUAUUUGUUUGGGUCGUCAGACCAAAUAAAUAAUGGUAGCGAAAUUUCAGACCCUGAUGCUGUUAAUUGCAAAUGCCGAAAGUAGUCCGCUUUUUUGAAGCGGUUACUUCCCUUUAUAUGUGUACUAACGCCGAAAAAUUCAGGGGAGAUCACUGCGUAAAGAUGGUCAAAUGACAGGCGCAUUAAUUUUCAAGCAAAAUAGUUCCCGAAUGGUCGAAGAUUUCUAAUAUUGUUUUAUUCUUUAUAGAUAUACAUGUUUAUAGUAAGCUCCAUGAUUAUUUACAUCUGUGUUAAAUAACAGUUAGCGUCGAAAUAAGAAGGGUUACAAACCCUAAUUUAGAAUAAUAUGGUUUUCUUCAGGCCGUUAACAUAUAACUUCACCGUGGCGCUCGCUUAGGAAGCGAGAGGUCUGGAGUUCAAAUCCCAGUUAAGGCAACUCAUUUUUUUUUCAAAUUGUUCAAGUCAAAUUAACAUUGAAUUGAAUAUCAGUGUUGCAAUUAGUCUUAUAGCCAAUUUACUACAGUUAAAACGCUGGAAAGCACUGGUGGCAGUAUACAAAAACAAAUUGGUUUAUAAUCUCACAGCCUUCACCUUUCUGACAUUCUGACACCCAAACAAAUUCAGCGCCUUCUGUGCUUUGAUUUAUAUAUUUUCUAUUUACUCCAUGCUUUUGUAGUGUUUUCAAUCCUUUUGACAGGUCACAGUAUGUACUUUGCUUCAAGACAUAAUUCAAAAAUAUCAUCACAAAGUACAUGUUUCUAUAAAAAAAUGGAUAUUUGUAACAAUCUGAACUUAUUUGCUUCUCCUAAAUAUAUUUUAUUUAUUAUGAAAGGUAAUUUGGAAAAAUUUCCAUUCGUUUCGAGGUAUAUCUUUUUCAACAAC